GGAUGGGAUCGGUGCUCAACCAGCAGUACCCAAGUAAAGUAUCGCUCUCUGGGGUGGUUUAGGUGGCUCAGAGAUGGAGCUAAAAGAGGGCAGCACCCCACCCGGGGCGCGGAAAGGUGGAGAUGAGCCCGGAAAACUGCCAGAACAAGAAGAAGAAGAGGAGGAGGAAGAGGAAGAGGAAGAGGAAGAAGAGGAGGAAGAGUUGGAAGGAUCCCAGGUUUUGCACGGAGCAGGCCAUUGCAAGUGGUUCAACGUGCGCAUGGGCUUCGGAUUUAUCUCCAUGCUGCGCCGCGAGGGAAGCCCCUUGGAGUCUCCAGUGGAUGUCUUUGUACACCAAAGCAAGCUUUACAUGGAAGGAUUUAGAAGCCUAAAAGAAGGAGAACCAGUGGAAUUUACAUUUAAGAAAUCUUCCAAAGGCCUUGAAUCAAUACGGGUAACAGGUCCAGGUGGGAUUCCUUGUUUAGGAAGUGAGAGACGACCCAAAGGAAAAACAGUACAGAAAAGAAAGCCAAAGGGAGAUAGAUGUUACAACUGUGGUGGCCUUGAUCAUCAUGCUAAGGAAUGUACUCUACCUCCACAGCCAAAGAAGUGCCAUUACUGUCAGAGUAUCAUGCACAUGGUGGCAAACUGCCCACAUAAAACUGUUCCGCAGCAGCCCACUAGUUAUCAGGGAAGAUACGAAGCAGAACCCCAGCCGUCCACAUCAGCGUUCUUAAGAGAAGGUGGAGGGGCCUAUAGCUACACAUCUUCAUCCCAUUCUCAGGAGGGAAGGGCAGACAUCUUAGAACAUUCAGGCCGAUCACCACAAGAAGCCACUUCAAGUAAGUUAUCUCCAUCACCUGAAGAACAAAGCCGAAAAGGGCCCUCUGUUCAAAAAAGGAAAAAGACUUAAAACAGCUUUCGUCACAACCUGUUGUCUCCUUACCCUCUUGGGAUGUCUACCUCAUUUAAGCACAAGGAGCAUAAUUCCACACAUCCUGCAGCCAACCUCAGAUUUUUAACUACUGUUGUAGAACUAUGGUCUUUUCAAAAAAGAAACAGACCAGUCACUCCAAGCAAAUUUCAUUUGAGUUGAACAUCGUGUUUUAUUGAACUGGUUUGGGUAUACAGAUAAACAAACAAGCCACGGUUUUCCAUGGUGGAGAUGAGCCACCAUGAGUUUUUGAGCUGUUUGUUCCAGAUUAACCAGAAGGAGGCAUUUGGAAGUUUUUACUUCAAUUUUUGAGUUACGUGCUUCAAAUAAUGAAUUAUGGAGGUGAUCUGAUUCAACAAACCAUGGUUGACACCAAUUAUAGUCAAGGGCAUAGGGUUUUGAUUAUCACUAAAUAACAGUCCAAAAUUAAGGUUAGCGUUAGGGCUAACCCUAACCUUUGGUCUUCUCAAGUCUUGCUGAAGGAGAGGAAGGGGAAUGGAAGAAAAUGUGUUAUUCUGAACUCCCCCCCCCCUUUUUGAGAAUGUAUUGUCUUGAAUGGAUACAUUCAACACUCUGUUUCCUUGGAUACAUUAUCCCUUGGAAAGCAAUAGUUUCAAUGUUUUUAAAUAACUAUUCCUGUGUAUUUUGUUUUCAUUUAACACAUCAUCUUCUUCUAAUGAUAGAAGAAAAAGAAAAGGGGUAAAAGAAACGCCAGCUGUUACUUCAUGAGAACCCAAAGAAAUUUGUUUGCUUAAAAUUGCCAUGGUCCUGAAGAUAUUAAGACAUGCCUGUAGGGUUCAGGAUAGAUUUUCCCGCCUCCUCCAGUUACCCAGGUCAGCAAUGAAAGGGGAAUGCCUUGAUUUAAAGAUGCCUCUUUAUUUUAUACAAUGUUUAAAAAUGGAGCUCCCAUCUUUUACCCUUCCCACAAAGACAAUGAAUGUGUAGUUUUCUGUGCUGAUAUCUCAAAUAUUGUAUUAAAUUAAUAUGGUUUAAAUACAGGUUAGGUAACUGUGAGGGAGAAUGUAUACGUUGAAAUGAUUGUUUAGAGUGGUAUUGAAAUACCAUCUUGAAUCUUUGUAUGUUGUGCAAAACUUGAGGUGUUAUGAAGGCAGCAGAAGCAGCAGCAAUUGUGUCUUCUUCAGUCUCAGCAAUAACUGAUUACAUGUUAUAUAAGGGAAUGAAUUUCUAUACACAGGUUGAGUAUCCCUUAUUAACCUAAAUGCUUAGGACCAGGAGUCUUUUGGAUUUCAGAUUUAUCUUGGAUUUUGGAAUAGUUGCAUAUACAUAAUAUCUUGGCGA